GUAUAUAUAGAUUUAUAAGCUGCAAAACCCUUCAAAUAUUUCCAUUUUCAAACUCAGAGCAAUUCCCCAUAAGAAAAAAAAAAAAUCAUCAACAAUCAAGCAGUUGAGCCUCUCUUUUCCUUUCUUAUCAUCCACUUCACUUCUUCAAGGUUGGUCUUUUGAGUUCGUCGCAAAAAUGAAUGACCUUAUGACAAAAUCGUUUCUUAGUUACGUGGAGCUUAAGAAACAGGCCAUGAAAGACCUAGAAGCCGAUCAGGAUAUCGAGAUGGGAAAAAUUGACCCCGCUGAUGAACAGAACCUCUCACAAUUUUUCGAAGAAGUGGCUGCAAUCAAAGCUGACAUGGAAGAGAUCACCAAUCUUCUUCUUAACCUUCAAGACCUAAAUGAAGAGACUAAGUCUAGUCACAGUGCUAAAGUUCUUAGAGGGAUAAGAGAUAGGAUUAACUCAGACAUGGUCAUGGUUCUUCGGAAAGCAAAAGCUAUAAAAGCAAGAUUGGAGUCACUUGAUCGGUCUAAUCAAGCUAAUCGUAAUGUUUCGGUGGAAUACAAAGAAGGAAGUCCAGUUGAUCGAACAAGGAUUUUGGUGACUAAUGGUUUGAGAGUCAAAUUGAAGGAUAUGAUGAAUGACUUUCAAUCUUUGAGAGAAAAGAUUGUUAAAGAGCACAAAGAAGGACUAAAGAGGAGGUAUUAUGCUGCCACCGGAGAGGAACCAAGUGAGGAAGAUGUUGAUAAGAUGAUUUUGGAAGGUGGGCAGGUCAAUGUUUUUGAAGGGAGGGCAGAUUUGAUAAUGGAGAAUAAGGAAAGGCAUGAGGCUUUGAAGGAGAUACAGAGGAGCUUGACAGAGCUUCAUCAAGUUUUUCUAGACAUGGCUGUGUUGGUGGAAACACAAGGGGAACAGAUUAAUGAUAUUGAAGAGAAUGUGGCUCGCACAGCGGCUUACAUUGAUGGUGGAACCAAUAAACUCUUCGACGCUAAUCAGAUGAAGAAGAAAAGAAGAAAAUGGGCUUAUUGGAUAGGUGCUUUGGUGCUGGUUUUGUUGCUGAUAUGCUUUAUUUCCAUCGUAGCUUCUUGAAGUUUCUCAUGAAUUCAUAGGUUGGCUAGAAUGUGGUUUUGGUAGCUGGGGAGGUUUGGUUUGUGAAUAUACUGGAGCUUUUCUUGUGAAGGAGUUCUAUACUGAAUGCCGUGUUUUGAUUUCCACUUUGGUUAUACUUGUCAUUUGGAGGGCAAUUUGUGAUGAUAUCUCUUCAUCUUUUAUUGUUGGUUUCUUUGCAAUUUGAAUUUUGUGAACAAAGUUUUUCUGUUGAGCUUUGUAAAAUUGUUAAUGAGAGUUUCUUUCACUAUGCUUCUCCUCUUGUUA